AUCAAUCACUCUCCCAUCCCAGUCUCCAGCUCCCCGCCGUAGCAGCAGCCAGCUAGCCAGAUCGAUCAAUCGCAAUGGAGGGCUGCGACCGGAUCAGGGGUCCAUGGAGCCCGGAGGAGGACGCCGCGCUGCGGCGGCUGGUGGAGUGCCACGGCGCGCGCAACUGGACGGCCAUCGGCCGCGGGGUGCCCGGCAGGUCCGGCAAGUCCUGCCGCCUGCGUUGGUGCAACCAGCUGUCGCCCGGGGUGGAGCGCAGGCCGUUCACGGCCGAGGAGGACGCCGCCAUCGCCCGCGCCCAUGCGAGACUCGGCAACCGCUGGGCCGUCAUCGCGCGCCUGCUGCACGGCCGCACCGACAACGCCGUCAAGAACCAUUGGAACUGCUCCCUCAAGCGCAGGCUCGCCGAUGUUGGCGUUGCAGAGGAGGAGGAGCGGCCGUGCAAGCGCGCCAGCGUCACGCCGGAGAGCACCUCCGGAUCGGGGUCGGGGUGUGGCUCCGGAUCGGACCGCAGCGACCUCAGCCAUGGCGGUGUCUUCGGGGGCCAGGUUUACCGCCCGGUGGCGCGGGCCGGCGGGUUCGAGCCAGCGGACUGCGCCAUGAGCCGGCGGCACGAGGAGGAGCGGGAGGAGCAGGAGGACCCGCUCACCUCGCUCUCCCUCUCCCUUCCCGGCACCGACGUCCAGGGGUUCCACCACGACAGCUCCCACAGUCAUUUCCACCAGCCGUCGCCCUCCCCGUCGCCGCCGCCCACUCCGGCGCCGACGUCCUACCCAUUCAGCCCUGAGUUUGCGGCGCUGAUGCAGGAGAUGAUCCGGGACGAGGUGCGAAGGUACAUCUCCGGCGUCGGCUGCGGCGCCAACCUGCCGUCCAUGCCUCAGGUUGUGGACGGCGUGAUGCGGGCCGCGGCGGAGCGCGCUGGCGCGGUUGUGAGGAUGCAGUGACCAAGAUCAAUCGAUCCAUCAGGUCGAUCAAUCUAGGACAGCCGCCAUCUGCUCAGCGGUCUUGCUUCAUUCGUUAGGAUCUGAAGUCUCAAGUCUGAACUGAAUUAGCAAUGGGAGAAAAGACUAGGCAGAGCCAAGCUAAGCUUAA